AUGCUACGGACAGGCUUCCAGGUGGCGGUGAUACUUGGUCACCAUGGAGCUCUUCCUGGUCUCACCCACCUCCUGCCCAGAUUCAACCCUGCCUCAGCCUUUGGAUCCUCCAUGGAGACCCUGGUCUCAAGAUUCUGUCGGGAGAUGACAGAGAGUAAGAAUUACGCCCUCCCCAAUGCCAGCUGGGGUCCAGACAUGCUGAGCCUGUAUCAUGAAUUUCUGGAGAAGACCAAGACCGAAGGCUGGGUCAGAUUGCCUUCCUUCAGGUCCAACAGAGACCACAUCCAGGGGUUCCAUCUCCCACUAAUGUCAUCAGCUAACUCAGGCAAAAGUGACUGGCGCCUCUUCACCAGGUGUAUUGAAAGGGAAGGACAAGGCUACGAGUACGUCAUCUUUUUCCAACCAUCUGAGAAGAAGUCCAUCUGUCUUUUCCAACCAGGACCCUACCUGGAGGGGGCUCCAGGGUUUGCCCACGGAGGGUCCCUGGCAGCCUUGAUAGAUGAGACCUUUUCUAAAACUGCUUACCUGUCUGGAGAGGGGCUGUUAACAGUAAAUUUCAACAUCAGGUUCAAAAACUUGAUUCCCCUGGGCUCUCUGGCUGUGCUGAAUGUCAGCGUGGAAAAGAUCGAGGACCAGAAGGUGUACCUGUCCUGUGUCACCCAGAGCAGAGACCAGCAGACAGUUUACGCUAAAGCCUCAGGCACUUUCCUCCAGAUGCAGCUGGAAGAGGAUUCAUCUCAACACUAG